AUGGAAAAUACGGAAUUGAAGAGCAAAAAAAGAAAACGGAAACACGGUCAUGCUAAUGCAAGAGACGACGACAUUCCCCAAGACCUUGAACCAUUAGUCACCGACCUUGCGAGUACGACCAGCCUGCACAAGAAGAAGAAAAGAAAACGUGAGGGCAACACCGCUAAAGAGCAGGAAAGCAAUGGAGACUAUAAUCACAAUGAAGAGAAUGGGAACACAGCUCAUCAGCCCAAAGUGGUGACGGAGGAGCCAGUUUCUCAAAAUGGCAGACAAAAAAUUGAUGAUAACGAAGAAGGAGAGGAAGAGGAGGAGGGAGAGGAAGCCGGCGAACCGUUUAAGGAUGGGGAUACUACAACAGUAGAUGAGCCAAUUCCAGCGAAUACAACUCUAUCUCUACCUACAGCCACCGAUCCCAAGCUCUUCUCCGAUUUAGAUCUCUCGAGCAAAACCAUGCAAGCAAUUGAAGAAAUGAAGUUCACAGCAAUGACGGAAAUCCAGCAAAGGGGAAUACCACCGCUCCUAGCGGGCAAAGAUGUGCUAGGAGCAGCAAAGACAGGCUCAGGCAAAACAUUAGCUUUCUUGAUACCUGCGGUAGAGAUGUUGAGUGCGCUGCGAUUCAAACCUCGGAACGGUACUGGUGUCAUCAUCGUGUCGCCCACUCGAGAGCUAGCCCUGCAGAUCUUCGGCGUUGCGCGAGAACUGAUGGCUCAUCACUCACAAACCUACGGCAUAGUCAUGGGCGGAGCGAACAGGCGUGCAGAAGCUGAAAAAUUGUCGAAAGGCGUCAAUCUGGUAAUCGCAACGCCUGGUCGACUGCUCGAUCAUCUACAGAAUACGAAAGGUUUUAUCUUCAAGAAUUUGAGAGCACUGAUUAUAGACGAAGCAGAUCGGAUACUGGAAGUUGGGUUCGAAGAUGAGAUGCGGCAAAUCGUCAAGAUUUUGCCUAACGAAGAUCGGCAGACCAUGCUGUUCUCAGCUACGCAAACCACAAAAGUGGAAGAUCUAGCGCGCAUCUCACUUCGUCCUGGUCCCCUCUACAUUAAUGUUAGCAGCAGCGACGUCCACAGCACAGUCAGCGGUCUUGAGCAAGGUUUUGUUCUGUGCGGUGGUGACAAACGCUUCUUACUACUCUUCUCAUUCCUAAAACGCCAACAUGCAGCAAAGAAGAAAACCAUUGUCUUCUUCUCCUCGUGCGCAUGUGUCAAAUAUCACGCAGAGCUUCUCAACUACAUCGACCUGCCCUGCUUGGACUUACACGGCAAGCAGAAGCAGCAGAAACGAACAAACACCUUCUUCGAAUUCUGCAACGCCACACACGGCACCCUCCUAUGUACUGACGUCGCCGCUCGAGGCCUCGACAUACCCGCAGUCGACUGGAUCGUCCAAUUCGACCCCCCAGACGAACCUCGCGACUACAUCCACCGCGUCGGUCGUACCGCCCGCGCCGGCGGCCGUGGCCGCAGCCUCCUCUUCCUCCAACCCUCCGAAGUCGGCUUCCUCAGCCAUCUCAAGCAAGCCAAGGUCCCGCUCGUAGAAUUCGAGUUCCCUGUGAAGAAAGUCCAGAAUAUCCAGCCGCAGCUCGAGAAGCUCAUCGGCCAGAAUUACUACCUCAACCAAGGCGCGAAGGAUGGUUAUAGGAGCUACUUGCAGGCGUAUGCGAGUCAUAGCUUACACAGUGUCUUUGAUGUUGGUAAGUUGGAUUUGAAACUUGUGGCGAAGAGUUUUGGGUUCUCGCAACCCCCAAGGGUGGAUAUUCAGCUCGGUAGUAGUAUGAAGGAUCGGACGAAGUGGAGGCGAGAGUAUGGCCGGCAGCCGAAUCAGAAGGGCGGACAGAGGUUUCAGCAUAGGAAGCGGAGGGAUGUAGAUGGUUAG